AUGAAAGGCUUGGAAGUGAAGGUCGCCAUAAAAUCACAAUUUGGAGCCGAAUUCCGCCGUUUUUCAAUAAUGAUGGGCGCUGGGACUCCAGUGCCGUCCUACGAAGAAUUCGUUGCUAAUGUUCAGAAACUUCACCGAUUAAAUGAAGAUCAAAAGUCUUCAACUCAUAUUACGUAUGUGGCAGGUGACGGAAGUACUCUGCCGAUUUCAAAUGAUGAGGUUUCCUCAAUUCUGGAUGCUGAUGUUCUACCUCACGAACUCCGGCGAGUACGACUAUGUAAAUUCUACAACAAUAAACCGCUAGGCUUCUUCAUUAGAGAUGGAUUCUCUGAACGCCUGACCCCUUGGGGCUUCGCGCCAACACCUGGCAUAUUCAUUUCUCGGCUUUUGCCCAACGGUCUCGCUGCUUCCACGAAUCUCCUCAAUGUUAACGAUGAAAUCAUUGAAGUGAACGGCAUCGACGUAUCCGGGAAAACUUUGGAUCAGGUCACGGAUAUUAUGAUUGCCAACUCAGCGAACUUGAUAUUGACCGUGAAACCAGCAGCGUCAGCUCCCUACCGUCCCAUGCCAUUUUUUAUGCCAUCUCCCUGCAAUAUGAGCCCAUAUCCACCAGGAUACUACAGUCCAUAUUCAUAUCGAGAUCAUUUCAUACCUCCAGGAUACUGUAGUCCUGAAAUGUCACAAUCAAUGCACAUCCAAAGCAACCUCUAUCACUACUCCAGUGAGAAUCAGCCCCUGAUGCCACGAAUACCGAUCUCUCAACCUUUCAAUGCCUCUUCAUUCUCGCGCGAGAGCACAUGGAGAAUCAGUGACAAACUUGCCAAGAUGUCGUUACGAUCUCGUGACUCUCCAACACAUUCUGAUAACAAGAAGCGUCCUCUCAGUAUGCUGCUGCUUUGCCUGCUUCCGUUCGUCGCGGCGAUGCCAUUCGACUUGGAUUCCCAGCUUGCCACUACCAUCACUUACGACGAAAAUUUUGCGCGAAGCAAAAUGAUGCCGUUGGCUGCCGCAGCCUAUUCCUCAAAUCCACAACAGUGCCUCACUAAUUUGUUUACAAACGCUCAGUUGAAGAAACUAAGGUCUGUUAUUUGCGACAUCACUUUAGUCGACAAAUGCACUGGAUUUACUGCCGUCAGCAGCGACGAUAAGGCCAUAAUUUUGUCUUUCAGAGGAACUGAUCGUAAUAUUCAACUAAUCAUGGAAGGAGAUGAGACCAUGCUUAAGAAUCAUACCGCUUGGGCCGCUGGCGGAGUAGUAUCGAAGUACUACAGCGAUGCGUUCACGAGAGUUUGGAUGAAUGGAAUAAAGGACGAUCUCACAACUCUGCAGAGCCAGAAUCCUACUUACGAGCUUUGGAUUACUGGACAUUCACUCGGAGGAGCCAUGGCAUCACUCGCCGCAUCCUACAUCUCCUAUAACAAAAUCUUUGCAGCCAAUAAGAUCAAACUUGUCACCUUCGGACAACCGAGAACUGGUGACAAGGCAUUUGCCGCUUCUGUUGAAAAAGACGUACCAUACACUUUCCGCAUCACGCACGCUCAUGACAUGGUACCUCAUCUUCCUUCAGAAAACGUGCAAGGAUAUUAUCAUCACAAAACCGAGGCGUUCUACAACAAAGGCAUGGGUACGGGAGCUCAUUACUACGUGUGUUAUGACAUGGGCGAAAGCACAUUUUGUUCUGAUGGAAAUCUUCUUGACACCUCCAUCAAGGAUCAUCUUCACUACUUCGAGCAGGAUCUUAGUGAAUACGGCAUCAAAGGCUGCAAAUAA